CCAUCAACAAAUAUGGCCGUCCCCGACAACCUUUGCGUCAUAAUUAACGUACUACGCAUGUGUUCAUCUUCCGCGCGCUAGAUUCAAAAUGGCGGUCGUCCGUCGGUGGCUGGAGUCUCGUAAUACCUAUUGUCAGAAUGACUGGCUAGAUGCUUGCAUAAGUUUUGUGAAAGAAGACAAUGAGGGAACGUUGUCUCCUGAUCAACUGAACGAACUUGUGUAUGAGCAGUGGCUGAUGGCUGAAAUUCAGGAAUCCAGUCGUCCUUGUCUUCCAGAAGGCCUUGAGAACCAGGAUAUUUGUAAACUCGAGGGGACUUUCAAUCUUCAGAUUAGCUCAAUCCUUAAUGUUGGAGAAUCAGCAUAUUCUCAAAUUCAGAAACUUAAAGGUCAAGAUGACCCUCAAGAGCUGAACUUCAAAGCAAAUCCCUCAGAACCAAAGAUAAAACCAAGUCGAAUGUUACUGCUUGAAAUAACAGAUGGAAAACAGACUGUAUUUGGAAUGGAGUAUCAACAGAUUCCAUCCCUGGCAUUCAACACACCUCCUGGAUCUAAAAUACAAGUGAGUGGUCCCCUAACUUAUAGACUUGGAGCCCUCCUACUAACGCCCAGCAAUGUCAAGGUAUUAGGUGGAAGUAUUAUGCAUCUGAUAGAAGAAAACUCUUACUGGAACAUGCUGCAUCAAGCCAUAGGGCAAGAUCCACCUAGAAAACCAGAUGGCAUAAAAACAGAAGCUAUCACCAUUGAAAUGCCCACUGUUGAUCAGAUGACUGUUCAAGAUAACUCAACUGUUGACAUUACAACCCUAAGGGAUUCAAGAACUCUGGUGAAAAGAGAAACAAACCAAAGAAAUUUUAGUGCUGGGGGUCUUACCAGCAACAACAACAAUCAAAGAGGGAACACAGGAAGUGAAAACCAAUACAAAGGGAAAUCAAAACAACAGGGACCCAAUGGACCUAAAGUGGUUCAAAGUUGCAGUAGAGAUCUUCAACAGUUUGGUGCUGUUGAUAAAUUGAAAAAUGUUUGCAACGAAGAAUUUUUUGAUGAUGACAAUGACUUAUUAGCAGCUGUUGCUGACAAUGAUUUCUUUGGGAUUGAGGAGGACUUUGAUAUGGAACAAAUAGAUCAGCUUGAAAAAGACAUGCAAACCUCAGCAAGCACAACAGCUAAUAAAAGUAUUCCAGUGAAGUUGAACAUGAUCCCCAGUGAAAUGCUAUGUCAUGAUGAGAUCUUUGAUGAUGACUUUGUUGAUGAAGAUAUACUGGCAAAUGAUUCAGAUUCCAUGGAAAUAAAACCUCUUCAUGAGAGAAUUUCUAAUGGAGAAACUAUUGGACAUGUGCAUGCGUCAAAACAAGCAAGUAUAGCAUCAAACAGUUCAUCAACAAAAUUUAGUGAUCAUGCAAAGAAAUCAAGCAAUUUUAACAGCAUUAUUGCUAUGUCUAGAAAAUCAGAUGGCAAUACAUGGAGACCAAGCAAUGAACAAUCAAAUUCCUCAGACAACAUGAAAAGAGGAUUCAUGGGUGAAAAGAAUAAUCCAAGACAUGGAUGUGUUCCUCUUGUCAAAUGUGAGCCAGUCGACAAGACCAAAGAUUUAGAGAUGAAGAGAAAUCCAACAAAUAAUAACAGUGAUCAUUUGACAACAAAAAGACUUGCAUUCACCAAGUCCUCUGGUGUUCUUAUCAAGAGAGAACUAGAUAAUGAGUUUGACAAUGAUGCCUCUUCUACUGAGUUUGGUGGAAAUCAACACCUGAGUGCUUUUACACAAGAUCUGCAAGAUAGUUCUGCUCCAUUUAAGUACUUAUCAGAUGUGUUGAAACAUGCCCCUCACAAUGAGAAUCAGACUGUCAGAGUUAAGGCUUACAUUGCAACAUUGCUAUCUCGUCCAAAUCCCAUGUCAACCCAGUGGAAUAUUACUGUAAAACUCAGUGAUGGAACAGCAACUGUGGAUGCUUUGCUGAGUGAAAAGAUCUUGACACAACUAUUGGAAUAUCCAAUAGAUGAAUACAGACUGGAGAUUCAAGAGGCUAUGAAAAGCCGCAAUCCAGCUCUAUGCCAGAGAUUACGUAAGAGAACGCAGCAAUUUGAAAGGAACUUGGCUUCCGCUUCUGGCUUGAUGGAUAUACAGUUCUCAGCGGACACGCCCUUGCCAUGUGUUCUCAGCCUGAUUCAGCCAACUUCCAGAGACGUUGCAGAAAUGAUUCGUUGCGUUAGAGUAACUUUUUAGUGUCGGAUCUUUUUCGUAUGGACAGUGUGUGUAAAUUGAUUGUCACAAUAUAGAACUAUUUUAACUAUAACAACACGGCAUUCUACAGCUAA